UAGAAAAAUCUUAUCCAUCGUCUUCUCUCAGCUGAAGCUUCUCUUCCUCCACUCUGCAACCCUCAAGCUUGGUUUCCUCUUCUUUCUGCUUCUUUGGUUGCCUCCAAUGGCCGACGAAAGCAAAGAAACAAUGCAUUCCAGACUCAGUUGUUGAUUAAGCUUACAGAUAUGGCCUUUGCAACUACCAAACUAUCGGAACUGCCAUUGAAGAACUCGCUUCCACUCUUCUCCCACUCGCGUACUCUUCUUUCAUCCCCCAAUUUGUCUUUACAGAUUCUAAAGACAUUCUCUUCUCUCAGAACCCCCACUGAGCACAGCGGCAAGCGAAUCCCUAAAACCUCCCACAAUUCUGGACCCUCUUCUUCUUGGAUCUCCAAAUGGCCUCAUGGGAGCUCUCGUAAUGAUCGUAAAGUCGAGAAGAAUUUGGCCGAAACGACCCGAGAUGAUCGAACUGAUCGAGCGGAGAAUCAGACGCAAUUCUUCGAUAAGAACAGAGGGGAGAGUGCAGUUGAUCGAAUUGUGCUUCGCUUACGAAAUUUAGGGAUAGAGGAGGAUAACGAAUUGGAUUCUCUCGAGCCAAUGCCGGUGACGGGGGAGGAAAGAUUUGGGGAUUUACUUCAACGUGAAUGGAUUCGACCGGAUACCAUAUUGGAUGAAAUGGUUCUGCCAUGGGAGAGAGAGGAGGAAAGGGCUGAAGAGGAGGGCGGUGGAAGAGGGUUGAAAAGGAGAAAGAUGAAACCUCCGACAUUAGCUGAAUUGACAAUUGAAGAUGAGGAGCUGAGGCGACUGAGGGGAAUGGGGAUGUUCAUUAGAGAGCGGAUUAACAUACCCAAAGCAGGGAUUACGCAAGCAGUGCUAGAGAAGAUUCAUGGGAAAUGGAGGAAGGAGGAACUUGUAAGGCUUAAGUUUCACGAGGAGCUUGCACACGACAUGAAGACAGCGCACCAAAUUGUAGAGCGAAGAACUGGAGGAUUGGUUCUAUGGAGGUCUGGAAGUGUUAUGGUAGUUUACCGCGGAAGUAACUAUGAAGCGCCAUCGAAUACUAAGCCCCUUGCAAGGGAGGGGGAAGGGAUAUUCAUCCCAGAUGCUUCUUCUGCUGCCACUUCAACAAUGAGUGGCAGUGUUGCGGCUUCAGCUCCAGGGACGGCCAAGAUGACAAAGGAAGAGGUUGAAUACAACCAACUCCUAGAUGGUUUAGGUCCUCGUUUUGUUGAAUGGUGGGGCACAGGGGUGCUUCCUAUUGAUGCUGAUCAGCUUCCUCCGAGUAUUCCCGGUUACAAAACUCCUCUCAGGCUUCUCCCAACUGGAAUGCGGUCGGGACUUACCAAUGCAGAGAUGACUGAGAUGAGGAAGCUUGCGAAAUCCUUGCCUUGUCAUUUUGCUCUUGGGAGAAACAGGAACCAUCAGGGCUUGGCUGUUGCUAUACUUAAACUUUGGGAGAAAAGCCUAGUGGCUAAAAUUGCUGUUAAAAGAGGUAUACAGAAUACCAAUAAUAAACUCAUGGCUGAGGAGAUAAGGUAUUUAACAGGAGGUAUGUUACUAUUGAGGAACAAGUAUUUUAUCGUCGUAUAUCGUGGGAAGGAUUUUCUCCCACCAAGUGUAGCUGCAGCGUUGGCAGAACGGCAGGAAUUAACAAAACAGAUUCAAGACUUGGAAGAGAAAGCUCGAAAUAAAGUCGUCGAGGCAACUUCAUCAAGCGAUGAUGGACAGGCACCUGCAGGUACCUUGGCUGAAUUUUAUGAGGCUCAGUCCAGGUGGGGAAGGGAAAUAUCUGCUGAAGAGCGUGAAAAAAUGAUUGAAGAAAGCUCGAGAGUGAAAACUGCAAAACUUGUCAGACGAAUUGAACAUAAGCUAGGUGUUGCCCAAGCUAAGAAACUUAGAGCAGAAAGAUUGCUAUCUAGAAUUGAAGCGUCCAUGGUUCUUUCUGGCCCGGAUGAUGACCAGGAAACAAUAACGGAUGAGGAACGGGUCAUGUUUCGAAAAGUUGGGUUACGAAUGACAGCAUAUUUACCCAUAGGCAUUCGUGGUGUCUUUGAUGGUGUGGUUGAAAACAUGCAUUUACACUGGAAGCAUAGGGAGCUGGUUAAGUUAAUUAGCAAGCAAAAGACACUUGCUUUUGUGGAAGAAACAGCAAGAUUGUUAGAGUAUGAGAGUGGUGGGAUACUAGUUUCGAUCGAUCGAGUUCCAAAAGGAUAUACCCUUAUUUACUAUCGAGGAAAGAAUUAUCGUCGACCCAUUGCCUUGAGGCCAAGAAACUUGCUUACAAAGGCAAAAGCAUUGAAGCGUUCGGUUGCCAUGCAGCGUCAUGAGGCUCUCAGUCAGCAUAUAUCUGAACUCGAGAAAAACAUAGAGGAAAUGAAGAAAGAAAUUGGUGUUACUGAAGAUACAGAUGAUGAGAAUAACUGGUCGUCUCAGGAUGGACCUGUCUCAGGAUCUUUCCAAGACGAGGAAGCAUCUUUGUCUGCGAUUUCAGAUGAUGACAGUGAUGAAGAUAGCAAUGAUGAAGACAGUGAGUUCGAAGAAGAUAAAGAUUUUGAUUUUUCCGACUCGGAAAGCACCGAUGAUCCUCUGAACUAGGUUGGGAGAGUAUAUCCAAGUUGUGAACAGAUGGAGUGUUCUUAUUGCAAUUGCAUUUCAGGUACCUUAUUCUUUCCCUUAAAGCAUGUUGUUUCGUGGCCUAAGAUAUUACAUUAGGUGCUACCCAGCUCACGUACCGCUUUAAUGAGCGAACAGCCCUGGUUAUAUGAUUCUGGUAACAGGUUCUCCCAAGUAAAUGUGAGAAUACUACUAAAUAUUUAGAUCCAUCCUUAUCUUUUAUAGUACUGUUCAGUCUAGGAUUCUUCACUCAAAUCAGAAAUGAUCCGUCUUUCUUCUACCCUUGCCAUGAAAGAGUUAAACUAAGUCCAAUCCAUAACUCUGUUGAACCUCCUAAUUUCGGGCCGUACCAGGUUGAACGAUGUGGAAAACGUACCACCAACCCCAGACCCGAUAUCUGCCGAAGUCAAUCAUGCCAUUUUCCAAUGAAAGCUGGUUUCAAAACUGUGCCUGCUGGGUAAUUUAUAAGAACCACUCAGAAAUUUGCUUCAAGUUCAAGCUAAAAUGGGUGUGAUCUAUUUUUCCCUGUGAAUCACUCAUUUACUCGUUAGAACAGGAACAAUGGAGCAACGGAUUCCUCAAGGCUUCAUUGUUUCCUUUUCUCUUCUGCAGCUGAAGUGAAGUGCAAGAUUCAUGUAUCAAUUCAGCCAAUGAUCCAAAUUUUUUCUUCCAAGUUCUAACCAUUAUCUGGUUUUGUUCCACUUCCAAAUGGCUCCUUUUGAUAAAUUAUUGGUAUCUGUUAUUCCUUGCUUGUAAAGAAGGUCAAUAUAGGAGGCCCCCUUAAUGUUUUUUUAACAGGAUCAUAAAGUGGAUUCCUUACACAACUUGGGUUCGAGGGACUCAAAAUUUCCAAAGCUUCUUUGUUUGACUUGUUUGUUCUUAAUUAUUGAGAACUAAAAUUAUUUUCUUUU